UCUCGGCCGAAGACUUGUUUACUAAACGAAGAGCUAUUUUCUUGACUUAUAGUUGUAGAAGAGACAGAUCAGCAAUCCUGUGUUACAACAGCUUCACAAAUAGACAACAGAAAUUGCUAACAAAAUAAUGGAAACUAAUGAUGUUAUAACAUUUCAUCAGUGUGUUGUAUGUGAUGAGAUUUUUCAACAACAUGAUGAUUUAGAAAAACACAAUAAGAUGCUUGUUAAAGAAGAGAAAACUGAUGAUGUAGAUGGAUAUUGUGAUGUUAAAGAAGAGAAAACUGAUGAUGUAGAUGAAUAUUGUCAUGUUAAAGAAGAGAAAACAGAUGAUGUAGAUGAAUAUUGUCAUGUUAAAGAAGAGAAAACAGAUGAUGUAGAUGGAUAUUGUCAUGUUAAAGAAGAGAAAACUGAUGAUAUAGAUGAAUAUUGUCAUGUUAAAGAAGAGAAAACUGAAGAUAUUGAAACUGUUUAUCAGUGUAAAUUGUGUGAUGAAGAAUUUAAUUUAGAAACAGAUUUAGAAAAACACUGUGAAAUACAUGUUAGUCAGCAAGGGCAAACUGGCGAAAAACCUUAUAAAUGUGAUGUUUAUAGUAAAUCAUUUCCACAGAGUAGUAGUCUACAGUCACACAUAAGAAUUCAUAUUGGAGAAAAACCUUAUAAGUGUGAUGUUUGUAGUAAAUCAUUUAGUAAGAGUAGGUGUCUGCUGAAUCACAGGAGAAAGCAUAGACCAGUAAAACCUUAUAAAUGUGAUGUUUGUAGUAAAUCAUUUAGUAAGAAAAUUAUUCUACAGAAGCACAGAAGAACUCAUCCUGUAGUAAAAUCUUAUAAAUGUGAUGUUUGUAGUAAAUCAUUUUCUAAAGGUUAUAACUUAAAAAAGCACAUCAGAAUUCACACUGGUGAAAAACCAUAUAAAUGUGAUGUUUGUGAUAAAUCAUUCACUCAGAGUAGUAAUCGACAGAAACACAUGAGAAUUCAUACAGGUGAAAAACCUUAUAAAUGUGAUGUUUGUAAUAAAUCAUUUAUUGAUAGUAGUCAUCUACAGUCACACAUGAGAAUUCACACUGGUGUAAAAUCUUUUAAAUGUGAUGUUUGUAGUAAAUCAUUUACUAUGAGUGGUCAUCUAUAUAGACAUAUUAGAACUCAUACAGGUGAAAGACCUUAUAAAUGUGAUGUUUGUAGUAAAUCAUUUACUAUGAGUGGUCAUCUAUAUAGACAUAUUAGAACUCACACAGGUGAAAAACCUUAUAAAUGUGAUGUUUGUAGUAAAUCAUUUACUGAAAGUAGUCAUCUUUAUACACACAUAAGAAUUCAUACUGGUGAAAAACCUUAUAAAUGUGAUGUUUGUAGUAAAUCAUUUACCCAGUCUGGUCAUUUACAGGACCACAUCAGAAUACAUACAGGUGAAAAACCUUUUAAUUGUGAUGUUUGUAGUAAAUCAUUUUCCACUAGAAGUCAACUACAGGACCACAUCAGAAUACAUACUGGUGAAAAACCUUAUAAAUGUAAUGUUUGUAGUAAAUCAUUUGCUAGCCGUAAUUCUUUACGAAAACACAUGAGAACACAUAAAAAACAACCCAGCAAAAUAUAAAUGUUAUUGGUAGCCAUACCAGAUUUUUCUCAUGGCGCUACCACAUGUAGUUUCGUUCUUAUGCAAACUCUUCAGGAUUCAGGUGGAUCACGGGUGGCUAAGUAGGUAAUACGCUGGCUCGCUAGCCUGGAGGUCAGUUGUUCGAUCCCUGCAUUGGCCGAGAAAGUUCAUCCAGAUUUUCCGGGGUGUUUCUCCUUGUCAGUGAUGCAGGACAGAGGGCCUGACAAGGACAGCUGUCUAAUCGUUUGGAGAGGACGGAAAACCGAGGUCCCGUGUACACAUUGGCAUGCACGUAAAAGAUCCCUUGACAGUUGGAAUUCGAUAUAAGAGCACACUGUAUGGUGUAUACCCGUCUUUAUUAGCCCAGUUUGGUGUAGAACGUUUAACCCCAAUUAAUUUCUUCAGGCUGUUGGGGACCAAAGCAAUUCUGUUUCAUUCAGAGUUGUUGUAAUUGUGUAUGACCAGAAAGUUGGCUAAAGAAUUUAUGUAAUAAAAAUGCUUAUUUAUGUAGAGAUGUUAUAGAUCAAGACAAUAAUACAUUCACAUAUAAAAAUAGAUAACAAUGAACAUACUUGAUCAAAUAUAUAAAUAAAAAUUGUGAUUUAGAUAAAAUUACAUGUGAUUAGAAAUUUAAAUAAAUCUUGAUAAUCUUUAUGAAAGUUGUUUUUUAGGCCCAAAAAAAUGAUGUUCUGUUUCUGGUAACCCAACCGACCCAUUACAAAACCUGCAGACUCAAUUUUUUUUUUAGUGUCAAGAGAAAUAAAAAAAACUUUUUUGUUCAACAAACGACCAUUCAGAAUACGCUUAGCCUACCAUAUUCGUGAAAAUGCCUAUAUUAUUUGUUGCUGUAAAUGAAUAUAAAUGUCAUCGUUCUUUGAAUCGGUAUUUACCGAUCGGAAUAAGCGAGUACUGUACAGCGAUUUAUUAUUAAGAACUGCCAUACUGUUGACGCGAGAUUGCUAACUGACGUGAAAAUCGAGACUACAGGUUUCGUAUAGAUUUACCACUGCUCAUUUCUAAAAGUUAUAAUCCUCACAGCGGUCUUUCUAAUAAGUAACGGCAUGCAAAUUGGACAAAAACAAGUUAACGUAUAUUUCAAACAGGUGAAUAGGAUCUGCUUUGGUAUUUAAAACAAGACAAAUAAAUUUAUUACAGACCUAUUUCGU